AUAUAAGAGCAGCAGCUGCAAGUUCAACACACUCCUGAUUCUGACAGACACAGGAAGAAAUUCAUCAUGGUGCUCUCUGGGACCGACAAGAGCAACAUCAAGACUGCCUGGGGCAAGAUUGGCGGCCAUGCUGGUGAAUAUGGCGCCGAGGCCCUAGAGAGGAUGUUCGUGGCAUACCCCACCACCAAGACCUACUUCCCUCACUUUGAUGUGAGCCACGGCUCUGCCCAGGUCAAGGCCCACGGCAAGAAAGUCGCUGAUGCCCUGACCACCGCAGUUGGACACCUGGAUGACCUGCCCGGUGCCCUGUCUGCUCUGAGUGACCUGCACGCCCACAAGCUGCGUGUGGACCCUGUCAACUUCAAGCUCCUGAGCCACUGCCUGCUGGUGACCCUGGCCAACCACAUUCCUGCCGACUUCACCCCUGCAGUGCACGCCUCUCUGGACAAAUUCCUUGCCUCUGUGAGCACCGUGCUGACCUCCAAGUACCGUUAAACUGGAGCUUCAGGGCGUCUCCUGCCAGGCUUGCCUUCUGGACAGGCAGUCUCCCCUCCCUUGCACCUGUACCUCUUGGUCUUUGAAUAAAGCCUAAGUAGGAAGAA